GGUGGGUUGAUCAGGACAUGCCGGCGGCGCGGAUGGACAUCUUGUGGCCGGAGAAGUCGGACGUGUCGUUCGAUGUGGGCAAGCAAAGCUAUGUCAUCGGAUGGCGCGUUAAAGAUUGCCUUAUUUGUGUCGCGACUGUGCUCCCCAUGGCCGAAUGUGGUGCCAGCAAGCUUGAACAGGAAGUGGCAAGCCUGUCGAAGCGCUUCGGUUCAAGAUCAAACGAGAACUCAUCGCCUCUGACUGUCCUGGGCACGAUCUCACCUCCUCAAGUGCAUGCCAACACGCCUGCAUACAAUGGGCGACCGUUCUGGGUCGACAUGGCCUGGAACAGUGAUCAUCUUCGCCCAGUAGUUCGUCAAAUUCGAAAGCACGGGAAUCCCUGUACCGUUGCAAUGUGCCACAUAGUCCUGUACGACGCCACGUUCUCAAGACUCCAGCGAUAUCGUCACUUGACCAUUCGAAAGCGAAAGCGUUCCGGUGCGUCCGACACCAACGAAGCCAUGAGCCCCACGCCCCUCCAGACAGCCAUUUUCCACCUCAACCAUUCCUCGGACAUCGAGCAGUGCCUUCUCGGCAACAGUCGGCGAGACCCACCAUCAUUUUUGUCCAAGCUUCAAUCCAUGCUGUGCUGGCCAUUCGUAUUGAUGUUCAUGCUGUGUCGACCCGCUUGCCACUUCUUCAUGUGCCUUCUAAGUGUCCGCUUUCCAUCGCGCAUGCCGUUGUAUGGCGGCCAUCAUGUCAAGUCGUUGUCGCUCUUUCUCCGACUCCUGAACCGACGGGUUGCCAUGGUCGCCACCAUCGCUGAGCAAUACGUCAAGUUCAAUCGCGAAUACUAUUCCGACACACCGUUCCACGUCCUUGAGAGUGGAUAUGCCGAGUACAUGAGUGACCUGGCGUUCUUCGUCCUCGAUCUAGUCGGAGGGUACUUGUAUCGCUCCGUCGUGCCCACAGGCAUCGUCUACUUUCAGCAAUCUAGCCAUUCCCACUUCCGCACGCUCAAAGCACAGGUCACGUGGCUCGUGGAUGCUCCGGCUGGGUUCAAGAUCAACGUGGCUUUGGCGUCCAGCUUGGUCAAAGGCAUCCACUUGAUGGUGGACGUGGCGCAGUAUGCGAUUGACGGCCUUUCUCCGUAUGUGGGCACCAUGCUCUGGGUUGCGAGUGCGGCAAGUGUGCUCGGGCUAUCGGUCCAGCUUGGAUUGCUCUACGACUUUGUCGAGUUUGGCACGAUGCAAACGUACUACUUGUACUUGUACUUUUCCAAGCUCCACCGCGUCCAGUUUGACUUGCUCUCGUCGCUAUGGAGGCUCUUCCUCGGCAAAAAGAAGAACCUCCUUCGGAACCGCGUCGACUCGUGCGAGUAUGACGUCACGCAGAUGUUGGUUGGCACGUUGCUCUUUACGAUUUUGUUUUUCGUCGUCGCCACCAACUCGGUGUUUUACUUGUACUUUUGCCUCGUCCGGUGCGUGGUGCUCGCGAUUCAGACCACGCUGUGGUGUGCAAUUGUGUUUUCCCAAACCAUCCCGCUGUACUCGGUGGCGCUGUGGCUCCAAGACAAGUUUCAGUUCCCGGCCGACGUGUACGUGCGCCCGGUUCGUCUUGCCGACGCGCUCUCGAUUGCAUUUCCCAAUGUGCACAAGUCCAAUUGCUUCGUCGACGACGACUUCGCUCCCACCGAACCUGCCUCUUUCAACUAUGGGGCGACCAUCCCGACGGCGUAUUUUACAAUGCAUCCCGUCGCGCAGUCGUUUGGGUCCCUCUUUACAAGAGUCUCCGAGUACUCGGGCGCGUUGGCCGAGCACUACACGGUGGGCAAGUUCCUGCGAUGCUUCCUCUUGGGGGAGUACAUUCCCGCGCUUGCAUUCGACGACACGCCCAUGCGAAUGGACGAGUCGACUUCCAUGUCGUCCCUGACGACUGCCCAGCUCUACGAAGCCCUGCGCGCGUGUCGCUGGGAGUAGCAGUUGGCCCAUUUUCGUGAUCCCCAUGGAACCUCCAUAGAAAUCGUUGUGAAUACAUGUCUCGCGUGAUGCCCGGCACGAGCGAAC